AUGGCAACCGAAAUGCAGUCCUUCUAUACCGCCUCAACCUCGACACACAUCUCCCAUACCCCGACUACGGUCGACGAGCUGAUUAAUAAGUACUCGUCCACCAUGUCAACUGCCACGAACGCAAACUCCCCGGGGGUCAGCCAUCUGACGAUGAAGGACCCUCGCCGGAAUGUUAUCCAGCGGUUUGCGGAUCGGGUUCGUCUCGAGUACUACCGGUACGAGGUUACAUUUGGGCUUUACGUCAUGACUCCGGCGGAGAAGCUGGUAGCCAACUCCUUCGUGAUGGUAGUCCUGUCACUACUUUUCUGGGCCCUACUUCUAUACUUCCCGACCUUGCUCUAUAACAAGCUGGCCCGUCUCGUAUGGUUGUUGACCGGCCAUAGCAGCGAGGAGAUGGGUGCUGCUCUCGGCAUCCUAGAAACUCAUGUCGGCUCUCUCUCAUCGUUUUCUGGGGAAAGUGCGUUGUGA